CCGGCACCAUGGCGGGGAAGGCGGCCGCGCCGGGCGCCGCGGUGCUGCUGGUCACAGCCAACGUGGGCUCGCUCUUCGACGACCCAGAAAACCUGCAGAAGAACUGGCUUCGGGAGUUCUACCAGGUGGUGCACACCCACAGGCCUCACUUCAUGGCCUUGCACUGCCAGGAGUUCGGAGGGAAGAACUACGAGGCCUCCAUGUCCCACGUGGACAAGUUCGUCAAAGAGCUGCUGUCCAGCGACGCGAUGAAGGAGUACAACAGGGCUCGUGUCUACCUGGACGAGAACUACCAGUCCCAGGAGCACUUCACGGCCCUGGGAAGCUUUUACUUUCUUCACGAGUCCCUGAAGAACAUCUACCAAUUCGACUUUAAAGCGAAGAAAUACAAGAAGGUGACCGGCAAAGAGAUCUACUCGGACACCCUGGAGAGCACGCCCAUGCUGGAGAAGGAGAAGUUCCCGCAGGACUACUUCCCAGAGUGCAAAUGGUCACGAAAGGGCUUCAUCCGGACGCGGUGGUGCCUGGCUGACUGUGCCUUUGACUUGGUGAACAUCCAUCUUUUCCAUGACGCGUCCAACCUGGUUGCCUGGGAGACGAGCCCGUCGGUGUACUCGGGCAUCCGGCACAAGGCACUGGGCUAUGUGCUGGACAGAAUCAUCGACCAGCGAUUCGAGAAAGUUUCCUACUUUGUCUUUGGCGAUUUCAACUUCCGGCUGGAUUCCAGGUCCGUGGUGGAGACACUCUGCACAAAAGCCACCAUGCAGACCAUCCGGGCCGCCGACACCAACGAAGUCGUGAAGCUGAUAUUUCGGGAGUCGGACAAUGACCGGAAGGUGAUGCUGCAGUUAGAGAAGAAACUCUUUGACUACGUCAACCAGGAAGUCUUCCGGGACAACAAUGGCACUGCGCUCUUGGAAUUUGACAAAGAGUUGUCUGUCUUUAAGGACAGGCUGUGUGAACUGGAUAUCUCGUUCCCUCCCAGCUACCCGUAUAGCGAGGACUGCGCCCAGGGCGAGCAGUACAUGAACACCCGGUGCCCUGCGUGGUGUGACCGAAUCCUCAUGUCCCCCUCUGCCAGGGAGCUGGUGCUGAGGGUGGCAGUGUGGUGCAGUGGGCCAGCCUCCCGCGUGGGAGUGCCCAUUCAAGUCCUGGCUGCUCUGCUUCGGAUCCAGCUUCCUGCGCGUGACUGGGAAGCAGCAGCAGAUGGGCCAAGUGCUUGGGCCCCUGCACCCACGUGGGAGACCGGGAUGGAGUUCCAGGCUCCUGGCUUUGGCCUGGCCCAGCCCGAGCCAUCGUGGUGUGAACCAGCAGAUGGGAGACUCCUCUCCCUCCCCCUUCUCUGUCACUGUGUCUUUCAAAUAAAUAAAUGAACGAAUCUUGUAAGGAUUUUAAAGGAGAGCUGAGGUUAUAAGGCACACUGGACAGGUCUGUCAUCUUAAUUUGUAGCUGAGACACAGCUCCUGUCUGCUGGUUUACUCCAAGUGUCCACAGUCACCUGGGCUGGGCUGAAGCCUUGUGGGCAUCAGGGACCCAAGUACUGGAGCCGUCGCCUGCUGCCCCCCCAGGGUCUGUACCAGCAGGGAGCUGGGCCUCGAGCCCCCGCCUUCUGCAGGGCGAUGGGGGCACCCUAACCCCUCUGCUGACGCCCACCCCGGAGUGGUCGGAGCUCCUGCGUGGGCCUGGAGUUACAGGAGCCGAUGUCGCCGCGGUUCACUUCACAGGAUUUUCAGAUCUGCAUUUUAACAAAGGACCGGAUUCAAAGCGACCAGCAUCUGCCUCAGCUGUGUCAGCUCCCUCGGGAGUGAUGGCAGAGGAGGAAGUGGACUCUCCAUGCUUGGUGUCCAGAACCAGGGGUUUCUGACUGUGGCAUGGGCUGAUGGUCAGGAGGAGGCCAGGGUGGUGAUCGGAACCCCUCUGUCCAGCCCAAGCCUGUGAGCCAUCCUGCACGCCCGUCCACGUCCCCUGCCUUGGCACCAGCCCGGGUCCUGGCCCAGCCCUGCAUGGUAGACCUGUCCCCAGGGCCCUGGAGCACAGGGGGCUCAGAGGAUUCCAGCCAGCAAGGGCAGAGCCCCACAGGCUGCCUCGCCACUCCUGCUGGUCUCAUCGACAUGGUACUGUCCCUGGAGUGCCUGGGGCAGCCCGAGCCCCGCCCCCUGGCUGGGGGGACCUUGCCAGGCCGGCGGCUGAAGUCCACAGGUCUGCAGUGAGCUUGGGCAGGGUGGGGCCCCACCCCAGGCAGCCCCAGGAAAAGGCCACUGUGGGCUGUCACCAUGAUGGCCCUGCUGAAUGAGGCUGGGCUCGGCCUGGGCUUGCUGGUCAGCUCUGUGGAGACCGCGGUGCUGAGACUGGGCAGGUGGCAAGCCGUGAGGGGCCAGAGGCAUCAGCUGGCCGGCACCCGAGGUCACAGGACCCGCACCCCGCACUUGUUCCCCACAGCGGCCGCCCACGAGGAAGCCAGCCUUGGGGCCGAGGGCGUGGUCCUUCCAUUCAGACACAGCACACACCUGGCUGCCCUGGAAGGAGGGCCCUGCCCUCACCUGGACUCUGGUGACCCCCCGCAGGCUGCUCGCCUGUAUGGUGCCAUCUGUCCCACCACCCUGGCACCUCAGGGCUCCCUCUGCUUCCUGGCUGCCCAGAGCCUUGUGACGGAUGCUCGGUGCCUCUGCGGUUCUAAGAUGAUAGAUGGGAAGACGGAUUUUCUACCGCCUUGUAAAUGACGGGGUGCCCAGAGACCCCCACUCCCACCCCGCACUCAAGACUAGAAGCCUCGGUGCCCUCCGCGCCAGGGGCUCCCCGCAGCAAGCCCUGUGCCCCUGAGCCCCAAGAUAAAGGCCUCUGGGGCCCUGAUCUAAAACGGGUGGGUGAGCCACCAGUUGCUGAAAGUGCUGAGGCCGGAGCCCCAGCAGGGGUGGGAGGAGGCCCUGGGGGAAGCAGGGACCCUCCCCUUCUCGUGGGCAGCUCUGAGCCCGGCAGGGUCCACAGGGCAGGCGGGGGAGACUGCGUCCCUGGGACCCCCCCACACC